AGAGAGUGUGUUCAAUAUUGAAAAAAGAUAUUUGCAAUACUAUUGAAAGGAGACUGGGCCAAAAUCCCGAAAAGGGAAGGCCCCCAAAGUACGAAGUGAAACGAUGUGCACCCAACACUGUCGACAAAACGUUGCGACAGCCUGAAAUUGUGCGAAUGCGAAGGAAUAGGCUGGAGUUCCAAGGGCAAGGUCUGACUAUUGCCAGCCAGAGAUUCAUGGCUCUCAAUAGCCGCCGAGGUCGUGAUGCAUCAGUCGUGAUCCUCCACAACCCCCAACGUUCCGUAGCAUGUGAUGUGUGAACAUCAUGGAGGACCACCCGUCCCCAGUUGUAUGUGAGAAAGGAAAGAUGCACCGCAUAGCAUCAUGGAGUAUAGUCGUGACUGCGCAAGCAAUAUCAUGGAUGAGUCGCGAGCAUGCGAUCGCUCGCAUAUUAUUCUUUCAAGUGAAACGACGCAGCGACUCAAGAGCCUCGGGUCCUCGAGUGGACUCGAUCGCCUUCUUCAUGAGUUCUGCACUCAGGACGUGCCGUUCGUUUGGUGACUGUCAUCUUCGCACGCACCCUCCCUCUCAUCAACCUUUGUUUGGAAGUGAGGGCAGUCUUUGCAAGACACCCCAGAAGGCUUUUCGGAGCACUCCACGAUGUCCGGCAGCUCAUGCUCACACUUCGUCUUGUGGUAGCGUUCAAUCCAUUGGGUGCACAUGGUGGCAGAUGUCCGGUGGUUACGGUGGUUCAAGAAGUGGGUUUGCAGAUGUAGGAAGGCGGUGAUGGUGCCUGUCGGGAUGGAUGCUGUUGCCGAAACGUGCCGAUGAUGGUGGGUGACGUUCUGGAUGCUGUUACUGAGAAACCGUGGCGACGGUGCUUGCCUUUAUACUUGAAGUCGUCAAGCUGGAUCGGUUCGAUUAUGUUGAAGGAUAUGUUGGUGAUGAGGAAGUACCCAUGUUUGGAGUGCUUUUGAGCUUGGGAUGUACAGUCGGGCGGGUUGCCGUUGGCCGGCUGCCUUGCUGUGGCUGUAGAUGGUCUUCUGACCUUGACCUAUCGAAACCCGAGCUGGAAGUGAGGAUGUAGGUGCAGCAUCGUCACGGAGUGGCAUUCGGGGGAAAGGGGAGUUGGCCCUGGCAUUGGUGGUAGAUCAGGGAGGGAUGCCCUGGGCGGGCCAACACAAG